CGAGGCGGGCGCCGAGGGCGCGGGCGGCGGGGACGCGGCGCCGGGCGAGCCGGGGCUGAGCUUCACGACCACCGACCUGAGCCUGGUGGAGAUGACGGAGGUGGAGUUCACGCAGCUGCAGCACUUCCUCUGCUCGCACAUGGAGGCGGCGGCCGACGGCGAGCUCGAGACGCGCCUCAGCUCGGCGCUGCUGGCGGCGGCGGGCCCGGGCGCGGGCGGCUUCGCGGCGGGCGGGCUGGGGGGCGCGGCGCCCGUGUACCCCGUGCUGUGCCCGCCCGCGCUGGCGGCCGACGCGCCCUGCCUGGGCCACAUCGACUUCCAGGAGCUGCGCAUGAUGCUGCUGAGCGAGGCGGGCGCGGCGGAGAAGACGCCGGGCGGCGGGGACGGGGCGCGGGCCCGGGCGGACGGCGCCAAGGAGGGCGCGGCGGCGGGCGCGGCGGGACCCGAGGCGGCGCCCGAGGCCCGGGCCAAGCCGGCCGUGCGCGUCCGCCUGGAGGACCGCUUCAACAGCAUCCCCGCCGAGCCGCCGCCCGCGCCGCGCGGCCCCGAGCCCCCCGAGCCGGGCGUGGCGCUCAACAAUUUGGUAACUCUCAUUCGCCAUCCAUCUGAAUUAGUGAAUGUCCCUCUUCAUCAGCAACAAAACAAAUGUACAACAUUAGUGAAGAAUAAACCUGCCGCCUCAGCUACUGCUUUGCAGUUCACCUACCCGCUGUUUACUGCGAAUGCUUGCUCCGCUAGUGGAAAUUCUAGUCUUUCACAGACACAGAGUUCUAGUAACUCAUGUUCUAUACUUGAAGCUGCCAAGCACCAGGAUAUUGGAUUGCCUAGAGCAUUUUCUUUCUGUUAUCAGCAAGAAAUCGAAUCCACUAAACAGACGUUAGGUAGUAGAAACAAAGCUUUGCCUGAGCAAGUCUGGAUUAAAGUGGGAGAAGAAGCGCUAUGCAAACAAGCACUAAAUAAGAGGAAUCGGAGUAGAAUGCGUCAGUUGGACACAAAUGUAGAACGAAGAGCCCUUGGAGAGAUUCAGAAUGUGGGCGAAGGUGCCGCAGCCACGCAGGGCGCUUGGCCGUCCUCGGAGUCCUCACAGUCCAACCUGGGGGAGCAGGCCCAGAGCGGGCCCCAGGGAGGAAGGUCUCAGCGUAGGGAGAGGCAUAACCGAAUGGAAAGAGAUAGAAGGCGCAGAAUCCGCAUUUGCUGUGAUGAGUUGAAUCUCUUAGUCCCAUUCUGCAAUGCCGAGACUGAUAAGGCCACAACUCUGCAGUGGACCACAGCAUUCCUGAAAUAUAUCCAGGAAAGACAUGGAGAUUCUCUUAAAAAGGAAUUUGAGAGUGUAUUUUGCGGUAAAACUGGCCGAAGGCUAAAGCUGACCAGACCGGACUCCUUGGGGACCUGCCCUGCACAGGGCAGUCUGCAGAGUAGCCCCCCGAUGGAGAUCAAGUGAUCGGACUGAAGGAAUCCUUUGGGAAUGAACAGCCGUUCCUUUGUGACCCACGCAUGUUUUCCACAGCCCUGGAAUUCUGCUCCGAUAGUCUGACUCGAAAGGGACGUGACUCAGGCUGACGGGACUCCGGAAGGGACUUUGAGAGCACAUUUUCUAAAGAUAUUUAUCUAGAACCAAAUACUUACCCAUUAAUGUCCUCUUAGACCACUUGGGGAGGAAGCCAUCUUGAUAAUUAGUAAGUAUUUUUUUCAAUUACCCGAUUCCAUCAUGUUUUCUUAACAUGAUAACUUAAACAUUAGCAUCCUUUGUACUUUCUGUAGUCUGAAAAGGUACAUUGCUUUUUAUUUAUCUUAUUUACAUUUUAAAUAUGCCCCUUUAGCAAUUGGAACAAGUUAAAUUGUUAACUAAAAACAGUUUGGAAAUUUUAUUGGUUCUAUCACACCCCUUCGUAAUGAUUUUGAGUCACAUGGUGCUGCAUUGCAACAGGCAGGACCAUUGUAAACCUUUUUGCUAAACAUUUUCCAGAUAACUUGCUUUAAAGCUCUUUUGCCCACAAAUGAAAUAUCUCGGUAGAUUACCUAAAGGCCCACUCAUUUUCCUAUCGAGAGUCAUUACUUAGGUGAAAUACACUGGUAUUUGGAAUUGAGUUUUUAAAUGAGUGGCUUUAUUUAUGACAACAGAUAAUACCAGUAGACGCUAGCGUGCCAGAGUCACCUGCGCUCAAUACUGUUGACUGGAGAUGUGAGUUUGCACAGUAACAUCAGACUAGAUCUUUGUAUGGGAGAGGAUUUACUGUACAUUAAAUUCUUUAUUUUUUGUUA